UGGUGGUGCUGCAGACUGCUGCAAAGAGAACGAGGCCCCUCCCUUGUUUCAGAGAGAGCCUCUCUCCAAGAGUGAGAGCAAGUGAGGAGAAGGAGGAGAGGAGGACAGAAGCAGGGGAUCAGCCUGUCAGCCAGGGAGUGUGGAGCUAGAAGAGGAUGCUGGACAUUCAUCUCCCCAGAUCCCCUCAUUGACAUAGGGCCCACUCAAUCAAUGCCAGAUCAGCGACAACCCACGCUUCUCUCAACAGCAGCAACUCAGAGGGAACACGUAGAAUGGAGGAGGACACAAUGAAAUUAGUUGAAUCCAUAGGACCAAUUGAAGAAAAACCUCUUAAACCAUUUCCAUUCUGAGGCAAGGCAAGGGGAGAUCUGAGGACUUUUAAAAUGUUUUCCUCUCCCGGUAUCCAGCCACGGGAGCAUGUGGACAUGAUUUACAUCUCCAUGGAGACAGCCAUCGCCCUGGCCUCUGUGCUGGGAAACGUGCUGGUGGUGCUGGUGGUUUGUGUAAACCGCGCCCUGAGGGACACCACGUUCUGUUUCAUCGUGUCUCUAGCGGUGGCCGACAUCGCUGUGGGAGCCCUGGUCAUUCCCCUGGCUAUAGUGAUUAGUCUGGGGCUGAAGACUCAAUUCUACACCUGCCUCUUCCUCGCCUGUCUGCUCCUCAUCAUCACCCAGGGUUCCAUCCUGUCUCUAAUGGCCAUCGCCAUUGACCGCUACCUCCGUGUCAAGAUUCCCAUCAAGUACAGCACCAUCGUGACCCAGAACAGGGCAUGGGUGGCAGUGUUCCUGUGCUGGCUCCUCUCUGCCUUGACCGGGCUGGUGCCAAUGUUGGGCUGGCACAACGAGCACACACACGGUAACCUCAGCACCACCAGCGAUGACAUAAUAGUUUGCACGUUUACCACGGUCAUGCGCAUGGACUACAUGGUCUACUUCAACUUCUUCGGCUGGGUGGUGGUUCCUCUGACUAUCAUGAUCGCACUGUACGCUGAGAUCUUCAGGGUGAUCCGGAAGCAGCUCAACAUGCGUGCAGAGGCCACCUGCGACACCAGCAAGUACUUGCACAAGGAGCUAAAAUUAGCCAAGUCCCUGGCGCUCGUCGUCUUGUUAUUCGCUCUGUGCUGGUUGCCCCUGCAUGUCAUGAACUGCAUCCUCUUCUUCUGCCCAGAGUGUGGGAUGCCCAAGAGUGCCAUGUACGUGGGCAUCUUUAUGUCCCAUGUCAACUCUGCCCUCAAUCCGCUGGUCUAUGCCUUCCGGAUACAGCGGUUCCGCGCCACGCUAGUCCAGAUCGCCCGCCGCUGCAUGCUGUGUAAACACAAGGAGACCAGCCCCUGCCCCAACCAGCCUAGCCCGCCACCCCUGUCUAAGAAAGCUCCAGUCCACCCUUAGCCAGGACCUGCAUUGUUUCUAUGCUUUUCCUGCGGAAUAGUUGUGUCAAAGAAUUAGCCAUAGUGCAAGGAUGAGGAAACUUGUGUUAUUCAACCGUGUGAGAGACAUCUGGGAUGAAGGAAACAGUACGUGGACUGCAGCCUAAUUUGUAAUGGCCCCCAAUUAGUGGAAUGAACUCCAACAAAGAGCACUUCAAUGAAUUAUGGAAACGAAAUGAAUGUACAAUUGAAAUAGACCCCACCUGGGAAAGACAAUCCUGGAAAAGGGAAGACUUUAAAUAAGAAUUAGCCCAGCCCAUAUCUGUAAUUUGACUCACUGAUGCCAGCUGCAAUGCAUAUUGAGUAAUUUGCUGUAUAACGAGAUCCUUGUCAAAUUGGCCUGUAACACACUCAUCCUCUUUCAGCUUUAGUGCCAAGCUAGUGGCAUGUGUUUGGGGUGCUGUUACCUUGCCAACUGUUUUGGUGAAUGGCGUUGUAACAAAAAUAACGAUUUACAAGAGUUGGUUCAGUACCACUGUAAAAUCCCAUGCUUUCCCGGGAAGAUCACUCAAUAUGCUUAUAUCCGUUUUACAGUCAAGCUAUUGUCCAUCAAGAUCCACAAAGGAAAUGUAAAUCAAGACAAUUCUCUCUAAACCAAGCUCCACAGAUUAUUCUAAAGAAGAACGCUGUUUUCAAGUGAACAGGUUCAACGAUGCUUCGUUCGAGAAGAAUGAUGCGUAGUAUUUUCUCCUGAGCUUGGUUGUGCCAUAAUUUUCAUAACACUGACAGGGGGUUUGAAAAGGCUCCGGGCAUCUGAGUGAGCCCGAUUUAAAUCCAGAGUGAAUUAAUUACAUGCAGUGCAUUAUGUCUGUGUGAUUUAUACAACCCUGGAAAACCUUUAUGCAAGCCUUUGUCAGUUCUGCUUCCUCAUCAACUUGACCCUCACAAGGCACUUCUGUAUAACUGAUACACAUGGGGGUAGGUGGUUGGAAAGAGAGUCUGGGGAUAUUGCAUUUGCAUUCAAAGUUAAUAAAUAAUCAUAUCCUACUAAUUACACACUAGCUAAAUUGCUUGACAAUCUGCAUCAUCAGCAUUGUUUUCUAUGGCUAUCAGAGUAUGGGAUUUUUUGAGAUUCUGAUAUUACCUCCAAAUGUUUCCUAAAAGUAGAGAUACUGAAAGCAUGCACUGUCCUUGUUUAUGAUGUACUUCAACAUAAUCUUUAUUACAAAGUACAAAUACAUCUGUGACUGAGGAGCACGCCAAAUGUGGGCAACCCACCACUUGGCAAAGCACGCCACAGAAACCAAUCAAUCCUGAGCCCAAAUGGGGUUAACACCUGACCCCACUGAUACAGAGAGCGAAGUGGUGGACUCAAAUAAAGAGAUGGCUCAGAUCCUGCAUGGAUCGGUUAGAAAUAGCUGUUUGGAAUGGAAAGUCUACACAGACUAAAUACUUCAGGCCAUGGGAGAGGUGACACUGAUGCAAGGGCUUGUGCAAUUUGCUCCUGUCACUCAUGUUGUCUGUGAAAGAGCAGACUGACCUGAUUGACAAAAGCCAAUUUUCCAUGUUAGUUCUCUUUCUCUCUCUCUCUCUACCUUUACCCAUCUGUGACCUUGGGUCACAAGCACUCCCCCGAACAAAAUACAAGUAUUCAGAAGGGACACUCUAGUAGUACUGGUGCUGUAAACUAUAAUCACCAGACACUUUGCAUUUCUCUCUCAUUAUUCUUUAGUUUUAUGAACGUUGAAAUCUUGAAAUCUUGAGGAUUUAGGUUGAUGUGAUUCAUAGAAUCACCCAAUGGAGGACCUCUUAAAGAAAUGUCGCAGGAAGACCAACCAGGAGAAAAGUACCUACUACACGGACCACUGCUUUCUUGUCUUUGUCAUCUUCUUCCUCUUUGUGCUGUUUGGGGAGGUUAUCUACAAAACGUGGUGGGUGUCAAACGAGCAUAAGCUUAAGGCGUUUUUGUUCGACUUUGCCACAUACCUGGUCGCCCAGGAUGAAUGGGAGGAAAUGAUUGAACUGUAUGCCUAUUGGACAGUAAAACAUCCUCAUGAUUACCUGAGGAUCACCACACCAGACAUUGUGAUUUGUCAGUAGGCCACUUUGCUUUGACAGAAAUAUUUGAAAUGUGAUUAAUUGUUGUCUGUUUGGAAAUCCUGUUUUUGUUUGUAACUGAACGUGUGCAUGGAAAUCCACUAGAUGUACUCUGAAUAAUCAUCUAAACUCCAAGAUUGUCAAUUACUCAAUAAACUAAACUGUGUAAUUAAAGUGUGCUUGCUGAAAGCCAAGCACAACUUUAGAAAUAUUUAUUAUUAUUAUAAUGUGAUACAACAA